GUGAGUGAAGAGCACACUUUUAUGUGGGUUAUUAAAUAAUUAGCAUGCGUUUAAGGGCUACAAAAACAAGUGCAACCACACCACACUACAUAAGAAGAUUUCGUCAUGGUUGUUAAGUACGGCCCUUAUUUCAAAAUGACGAAAAUUGAAUGCAGAGAUGUCAAUAAAAGUUUAGUCCUCGUGAAUGUUUGCCGACUCAAAGCAGUAAAACGAGACAUCACUGAGGCGACAGUUCGUGUGCUGCUACUGAAACCAGUGGAUAACUGCAAUAUACAUGUUGAGCUUCUGCGCAAAUACAACUCCUAUCAACCUUUUUUUAUCAACAAUACCUUUGAUGUUUGCGCAUUCCUUAAAACCCGUAAAAACUCUGUCUAUUUCGAUAUAUUAUUCAAAUUGAUAGAGAACUACACGAAUGCGAAUCAUACGUGCCCUUAUGAGGGUGAAUUUAUCGUCGAGAAAUUCAGACCGCUACAUAAUAAUUUGAUCUUACCAAUUCCCUCUGGUGAUUACUGUAUUAAAUUUAGUUUUUAUACAUCAGAUACUUUACUUAUUCAAUUGAAUGUGUGGUUUAGCUUCAACGAGCUGGAAAAAUGGAAUAUAUCCCAGACAAAGAAAGGCGAAGUGAAAACUUUUGUCGACUCUAUGACAUUUUAA